GUGGUGACAGUUGUAGGGUAUGGCAGUGCACGACCACUUGUUUGUGCCAAGCGACUGAAAGAUUAAACCGUGUAAUUGAUGCGCCAGAGAAUACACGCAUGUCAAGUACCACACUACGUGCCAGUUGUAUGGAGCCACGUUUCAAUAAUGCAAAUCAGCUCGCUGUGCCGUAAUUUCGUGCCUUCACCCAAUUAUCAAAGAGCAACACAUCAAUCUGGUUGUAAAUAUGUAUGUCAGUGUGUAACACAUGUCAAGACGUACAAAUCAACAAAUUGCUAUAAAACCACCUGUGGCCGUUGCAACCCUACAAGAUCCAAAACCCGUCAUUAUACCGGUACAAAAAGGCACGAUAACAAUGGUCAGUGACGAUGAGCUUGCAAACACUGUUGAGCUACAGCCGAAGCGGACGACAUCAUUCACUGCACGCCAAGAGGAAAGUUUAUCGGAUUGUUAUUGUCGUCAAACAGGCGGCAAAAUUGCUGUCUGCAAAUUCACUAAUUGCAAUUUCGAGCUAUAGA